AUGGUCUCCUCCAGCGUGGUUGACACCGCUGGCUCUCUAAUCGAGCUUAUCGAUAGCCUCGACAACCUACCAACAUAUCCUCCGUCGCUGUACAUCGAUCUCGAAGGCAUCAAGCUCUCUCGCGAAGGCAGCAUUUCUAUCCUUCAACUGCUCAAUCAUCACGCAGAGCACGUGUAUCUCAUCGAUAUCUAUCUCCUUGGCGAGGAAGCCUUCACGACAACUGGCACAAAUGGAAAAUCGCUCAAGAGCAUUUUAGAAUGCCCAGCGACACCCAAGGUCUUUUUCGACGUCCGAAACGACUCGAAUGCGCUGUUUUUCCAUUUUGGCAUUCGCCUUCAAGGAGUCGAAGAUCUACAGCUUGAGGAAAGCGCGUGCAGGCCCGGACCGCUGUCGAGGAAAAAGUUCGUCUCGGGCCUGGCAAGGUGUAUAGAGAUCGAUCUGCGAAUUUCUCCUAGCGCUAGAAGAGUGUGGAAAGAGAGUAAGGAUAAGGGCAUGCGGCUCUUUGCCCCGGAGCGUGGUGGAUCCCAUGAAGUAUUCAACCUCCGACCCAUUCCUCAGAGUAUUAUAGAUUAUUGUGUCCAGGACGUUUCAUUUAUGCCGCACUUGCGAACGCUUUAUUGGAGCAAGCUUUCGCCCGAGUGGAAGGCCGAGGUUGAGGUUGCAACGAAGGAGCGGGUUCGGGUGUCUCAGACUCUGACAUACCAGCCAAAUACUAGGGACAAAAUCCUAAGCCCAUGGCAGAGUGUCGACAGUGGGAGGGCGGCAGAUGAUUUUUUUGGACGUCUUGAUUUGUUUGGCGGCCGGAUACUGGGGCCAUGA